AUGGACCAGGCCGCCUUCCAGGUCAUUGUGCUGGGCCCGACAGGAGGCCCAAAAGAAGAUGCCGUCACCGGUCUCUUGGUGCGGUCAACUUCCACAGAAUGGUCAAAAAGCUCGGUUGUUGCUGUCGAUGCCGGGACGCUUCUUGCUGGCAUCAUUCGAACACUGAGCGAGCAUAUAUCUAUCGACAAUAACGGCAAGGCAGUCGUGAAAGACGGGCCGUUUGUCGGCAUGAAGCUGCGGCACAUCACGGCGCAGGCCAACGCUGCCUACAUUUUCCGCGAGGUGAUUGCCUCUGUAUUGAUUACGCAUCCACAUCUCGACCAUCUUUCUGGUCUGGCCAUCAACACGCCGCUUGUCGAGGCAAGCAACGGUCCCAAGACAGUGGCUGCGCUCCCAUCGGCUAUAUCUGCCAUGAAAAACCACAUGUUCAACGACGUUAUUUGGCCCAAUUUGUCCGACGAGGACGGCGGCGCAGGUCUCAUCACGUACCAAAGACUGGUCGAAGGGGGCAACCCAAGAUUCGGGCGAGGAGAAAGCAGGGGAUAUGUGCGUGCCUGUGAUGGGCUCGUCACCAAGUGUCUCAGUGUGAGCCAUGGCCGUUGCAGGCAGCAGUUCAAUGCUGAGACAGGUCGGCAUCAUCGUGUCGGCAGCUCCGUCUUUGCCGCAGACUCCGUAGUCAUGCCCGCUCGCACGCUUUCCCUCGACCACGGUGAUGGAAGCUUCUAUUCCCCCGCCCGCUCUCCACACCUUGGCGCCAGUGUAACGGCUUCCCCAGCCAAGGACAACAAUUGGGCAGUUGUAGAGAGUUCUGCGUUUUUCAUUCGAGACGACGUCACGGGAAGCGAAAUCAUCAUUUUCGGAGACAUCGAGCCGGAUUCGGUCUCGCUAGAGCCUCGCAACAAGCGCGUGUGGGAGAUUGCCGGGCCCAAAAUCGCGGCGGGCACAUUGCGCGCUAUCUUUAUUGAGUGUUCGUACAACGACUCGGUUGACGAUGAGACUCUGUAUGGCCACCUGUGUCCUCGCCAUCUCAUCGCCGAGUUGAAAGUGCUCGCAACCAAGGUAGACGAGGCGCAGAGCCCGCACACUCGCGGCCGUUCAUCCAAGCGAAAGCGCAAAGACUCUGUUCCUUCUCACGACCAGGUCAGUCCGCGGUCUGUCCGGCCACUGGCACACCUGGCAAAGUCAAAUACGAUGUCUUCUCCACGAGGCGCACCUGCCAAUUCGAGCGAUGCAAACGUGGGUGACUCCUCCGACAAAAUCGCCGACGGGUACACGAAAAAUAUCAGCGAACCGGGCAACAUUGAUGUAUUGCCUGCUGCCGGUUCAAAGAGCAACAACACAGACGCGGCAGUGUCGGAUUCCGAGCAGCUUCCCUUGGCCGGCUUUACUGUGUAUAUCAUUCAUAUCAAAGACACGCUUACCGAUGGCCCGCAUCCGAGCGAACGAAUACUGCAGGAAUUGCGACAGCAAAGCGAGGAGGCCAAGCUCGGCUGUAAAUUUUUUGUGCCGAAGCAAGGCGAGGGCAUUUGGAUUUGA